CCACACAAAGAAUACCUCUCCCCCGUCUCAGUACUGAAGAAAACCGCAACAAUGUCCGACCCUGAAGCCGAAGUCCACUGGUUCAAGCUGUUGAACAACAGUACCAAGGACCAGAACUAUAUCAUGUUUGCUCCUCCUCCUGAUCAUAACUAUCAAGAUUUCCAGACUCCAGUAUGGGUAUCGAAGUUUGUUGAAAAUCAUGGGUGGUGGGAGGUUCAUACCGCGGGGCCGAUUUAUGCUUAUGUCGGACGCCAAUAUGGGGAUACCAAGACGGGCAAGGUUAAAAUCGAGAAUUUCGCAGUGGCAUGGAUAGACGACGACUCGAAACCACCCGUCUUCGAGUUAUCAAUUGACUCCCAUGGCGCCCCCACCCUGACAAAAACCCAAGAAACAUCACAAACACCCGGUGCCUUCAUCGUGAAAACCGGGCCCGACUUUUCCGAGAAAGACGCAAACGGCAACGCCUACGUUUUUGGCUUCGGGAAGACGGAUGGUGCUACGAAGGAAGUUGCCCCUUGCGCAUCGAGUGUGGCUAAAAAAGACCAAAGCGUCCCUGUCAAGCCUGUCAUCGAGCUCCACUUCUUCCCCAGUGAUGCCAAGCCGGGUGAGUUCAUCGAUUACAAGACGAUUGUCGAUAGCGGUAAGACGGGACACGUCCAAUUUGCGGGUCACUUGGAUGCGACGCUGUGUUAUGCGCUUCAUAAGAUGGAGGGCGAGGAGUGGGCGAUGGGGUAUACGAAGGAGCCUCCUUUAGCCAAGGCCGCAGGCGCAAGUGUCGUCGUGACCACAUCUUGCGACGAAAAGGCUUCACAACUGAAGCAGCGCGGAGCCGAUCAUGGUCUCAAUUAUCGAUCUCAACCAAACUUGGUGGGUAUUGCCCGCCAGCUCACCCCGAAUGAAGCGGGGGCGGACUAUAUUCUGGACAUCGGUGGUAUGGAUACACUGGAGCAGAGUUUGAAGUGUAUCAAGAUGGAGGGGAUCAUAAAUUUGGUUGGCUUUCUUGGAGCUAGUGAUAAGCCUCAUCCGGGAGUGUUAGAGGCUUUGAGCCAUGUCUGCACGAUAAGAGGCCUGUGUGUGGGCAGCCGUGCUAUGCUGAUUGAUAUGGUGCAAGCGUUUGAGGGAAAUGAUAUCCGUCCAGUUGUUGACAAGCGGGUUUUCAGCUUCGAGGAAGUGAAAGAAGCAUUUGAAUAUCUGGCCGCUCAGGAACAUAUGGGCAAAGUCCUUGUACGAAUUAAUUAA